GACCAGGUGAAAGCGCAGGACCAGUUGAAAGCGAAGCGCCGCAAUGCCGCAAUCGAUUUCAUUUUCUGCGGCGCCUACCUGGAGGAGCCUUUGGAGCUUUCUCAUCAACUGGGCCGCAGUGUGUUCGGCGAGGUCUACCUAGCCCGCAGAUUUGGGCAACCUGUGGCAGUGAAGCUGCCACGCUUUGGAGGGCCAAUGGAUCCGGAACCCAUCCUUGCACUGGAAUUCAAGAGGGCCUGCUCCCUUAGUCACCCCAAUCUGGUCCGGCCAUUGGAGCGCAUUGGCGCCGCAACCGUUUGGCAGCUUGUUUCCGGUGCUCCAUGGAAGAUAGCUGUUUCUACCUUGGGGCUCAGCGGUCGCACUGAGGUGGCAAAGCAGGUCCUGGACGUCACCCAGUACUGCAUCGCAAAGCACCAUGAGGAGUUGGUCUCGCGCGUGGCC